AGAGAGAGGUGGGCGGGCACUGGAUCAGCUCCAUCCCACCUCGGAAAUACCAACCAGGUGCUGCAGCUCCUUCCUCCCCCUGCUCUCCACUCAUCUCUCCGGACGUUUAUCUCAGAGCUCCAUCGCUUCCAUCGGGAAGAAACCCGCAGAGUAAACACCGGCGAUGCCCGCGGCCGCUAACUGAAACCCCUCCCGUUCUCACCCCGAGUGCCCGGCCUGCAUGGUCCCCGGUCGGCCGCCCGGACAAUAGACAGCCCGCCUGCCCGCUGCAGCAACGUCUCCUCUUGCAGCCGGUGGUGGUGGUGGUGGGGGGGAAGCUUUUCUGAGUGUUCCUGCCCAGGGUCCCUGCAGCACCGUCCGCGGCUCCAGAUGGCUGGACACGAAUGGGAAGACUGGUUCGAGCGGGAGGAAUUUAUCGGGCAGAUCAGCGACAUCCGAGUGCAGAAUCUGCAAGUUGAAAGAGAACUGGUUCAGAAGAGGACUUUCACCCGAUGGAUGAACCUACAUUUGGAAAAGUGUGACCCAGCCAUUGAGGUCCAUGACCUUUUCCAGGACAUCCAGGAUGGACGCAUCCUCAUGGCCCUGCUGGAAGAGCUCUCUGGCUGCAAGCUGCUUCAUUGGUUCAAGAGGUCCUCCCAUCGUAUCUUCAGACUCAACAACAUUGCCAAGGUCCUGUCUUUCCUUGAGGAGAGAAACGUAAAGCUGGUCAGUAUUGAUGCAGCUGAUGUUGCUGAUGGAAACUCCUCCAUCAUCCUGGGUCUCAUCUGGAACAUCAUCCUCUUCUUCCAGAUUAAGGAGCUGACUGGGAACAUCAGAAGCCAAUUCCCCUCCACCUCCAGCCUGUCAUCCAUUCCCACCAGCUCUGACUCUGACACAUCCUACUGCAGCACACCAUCAGAUGAGAGACAGUCAGCGUCCACAGCCAUGCGAGAACACAGCAAGGCCAUCAAGAAACUGCUACAGUGGGUGCAGAAGCGAACACGCAAGUAUGGUGUAGCAGUUCAGGAUUUUGGGAAGAGCUGGACAAGUGGUCUAGCCUUCCUGGCUGUCAUUAAGUCCAUUGACCCCAGCCUGGUAGACAUGAGGAAAGCCCUGCUGAGGAGUGCCAGGGAGAAUCUAGAGGACGCCUUCAGGAUAGCCCACUACAGCCUCGGUAUCCCACGCCUCCUGGAGCCUGAGGAUGUAACUAUCAACGCACCUGAUGAACAGUCCAUCAUGACAUAUGUGUCACAGUUCUUGGAACACUUCCCUGGCAUAGAGGAGCCAGAGGAGCCCUGCCAGCUGAUUGAAAGAAGCGUCUCUAUGGGCCGACUCAACUUCCGUGACACUGAUUCUGACCACAUAAGAAAUGGUGCUCAACGAAGCAGAGUGAGGGAGAGGUCCUACAGGUUCCAGAGGGAUUACACCCAACCCCCACCCAAAAUCUUAAUUUCCUCAGUGUCAGAGGACAGGAGUGCCAUUUCACACCCGUUUAGGACAGCUACAGCUCGCUCGUGGUCAACUGAAGACUUCUUAGCAGAUUCCCCCCACAUGGAAGACAUGUCCAGCAGUGUGGUUGAAGACUCCAAGGAACCGGUCAAUGAGGUCUUAACCAACUCAACCUCUAACUCCCCACAAUUGUCUUACACUCACUCUCCCACCAGUUCUUCAGUGACUGAGUGUGUAAACACUGAGUCAGUAAUCGGUGACUCUGCAAUCAGCUCACCAGACUCCUGGGUGGAGAGUGAAUUCGGGGUGAUGCCAGAGAAGUUUUGUGAGAGCCAAAGUGACAGUUCUUUGUGUGACAGUGGAACAGCCUGGGAUGUGUACCAUGCCACCCCUGUGGAGGUCACCAAUAUUGAUGAAGGGUUCGUCCCAUCCAUAGAGGAUAGAGUCCCUUAUGAGCAAUCGAUUACCAAGUCAUACGAUGAUGAAGGGAUUUACUCACUGAGCUCACUUGGAGAGAACACAGGAACAAAUCCAAGGGCUAUCAAAAUGUUAAACCAACAGCUUCAGAGCAAAUAUGGGACAUUAGAAAAUGGGCAUUUGGAUUAUACAGAUGAACAUGACAUCAGGAAUUCUUCAAAUGUAGACACAUAUGUUCCAUACACAAGAGAUAACAUGGAAAUAAGUGAAACCAAACAGGAAUGUGAGUUUCCUCACAAUAACUCUCAGACAGAUAAUACUGACAAGGACUUAAUUGCUCAAACUUCUUCUAUAGAUGAUACAUCUCAGCCUUUGACUACUACUGAGCAGGACAAAAUGGGUGACACCUUUUCUGACAGUGAGACAGCAAACACACAGCAGAGCACACUGGAUUCAGUCAACUCAGAGCCAGAUGGUAAGAUAGGUGUUUCAUGUUAUGAACCACCUAGUGCGUCCAGAGACAUGAACUUCUUUUAUGCAGAUCGAAGUUCUCCCACAGAGGAUCUAGUUGGUGAUCCUGUUGAACCCAUGGAUCUGUUCUACCCAGACAAAGAGGAAACCAUAUUUACUGAGCCCCUUGAUACUGAAAUGCAGAGCUGGCCUUCAGUUCUGAGUGUAUCAGCUCUCCAGCCAGCACCAACUUCAGAAACUCUGCCCGAUGACCAACCACUCAGCUCGCAAGAUGAAGACUUCAGGAACAGAGUGGAUUUAAUACAAGAGAAUGACAAGGUGAUCACUAAGACCAACCAGGAGACUGACAAAGCAUCUGAAUCCCAGGAGCAGAGUUUGUUGCCUGGGGAGAAUACAGGAGCACUGUGGGGUGAUGAUAAUCCAGCAGAUGGCAGUGAUAUCAGUGAGGCUGAGCAACAGUGCCCAGGCUCUGCCAGGGAAAACACAGAUCCUGUGAGGAGUGACAGUAAAAGUUUCAGCAGACAAUCUGAAAGUCAGAUCCCUCCAGUUCUCCGUCACAGAAAGGGGGCUCGCCUCACUGAGUCUGUGGACAAUCAGAGAGCUGUGACUGCAGCAUCCAGUACAGCUGACAGUGGUGACAUUUGGUGGAGUGAGAACUGGGAGCUCCAUCUGCUGCUGCUGCUGUGGCUGCUGCUCUACUGUUUCUGGUUACUGCCACAGAUGGACCUGAAGACACUGCCCAGCCUGCUGCUGAACCUCAACCACUGAACACACAUUUAGACAAACACACACACACACAUAAACAGAGAAACUUUAUCAGUUACAAAUAUAUAAACUUUAUAUAAACACACACACACACGCACACACACACACAUAUACAUACAUAUAUAUACAUAUAUAUAUAUAUAGCUCAACUGCCACUCAUUAAACUUUCAUUACUCUGGGUCAAGUGAAGGCAUUUAAAAGAUAGGUUUCAAACUUUUACAGCUUUUUUUUAGGUUUUUGCUUAGCUUUUGAUGUGGCUUGAAGUGAUCUGUAUGAGUACAGUAUAAGGACCACCAGUGGGGGAACAAGACACUUUAGAGAAAGUAAUAAUGCUGUGAAAAUAAACAGAAUAGAUUAGAAUUGUAAUUUUACAAAAAUAAGAUGUAAUGUAAUGAAUACAAUCAUAAUUUCACAAGGUAAUAAAAGUAGAAUAUUUUGAGAGGAAACUGUUUUAAAAGUCCAAUUGUAAUUCUGAGAAAAAGCCAUAUUUCAUUUUUCUUUAUUCAAUAAAAGUAUAAAGUAACUAUUUUAGAUUUAAAACUCAUAAAACUAAAAAUAAUGUCACUAAUUAGGUUGUAAUUUUAUGAGGAAGAGUGUUAUGAAUUAAGUUAUAAUUCAGAGAAAAAUUGAUAAUAUUAUGAAAUAAAAAACUACUGUCAUACAUUUUUUUUUCUCAUAAAAUGAUAACUUCUUGUAAAGAAGCAACUUUAUUCUGAAAAUACUCACUAUUUCCUUAUAAUUUUAUGUGCGUUUUUUUUCUCAAAAUUACAAUGUCCUCUCAAAAAUGGCACAUUUAUAUUUAAAUAUUAAAAUUUUACUCUUAAUAUCCCCUCUAACAGUGGCCCUAGUAGCUCUAUUGCAGAUCUGCUCCUGUUUUAACAACACUAUAGAAGUUUGUGUUUUAUUGCUGUGCAAAGCAGAUCGAGUUGACCUUGUAGGACUAUAUGACUGUACAGCACACUCUGAUUUGUAGAUAGAGAUAUAUGCUAGGGAUUUAUGUAUGCACAGUUGCCUGAUGUGAAUAGCCAUUUAACCCAGAUGAAGAUAUUAUAUAUAACAUCUUCCCAGAUGAAGAUGUUACAUAUAUACAUAUACAAACUGCCAAAGAUAGUGUUGGAAGUGCCAAUACAGAAAGUACACAACUCACCGAAAAAGCCCAGUAAUGAAAAUGUUAUUUUUAACAUGUCAGAACUCUGGUAUAACUCUUGUACUAAAACAUCACCCCAGCUCUCCGUUGUAUAGUUGAGGCAGAAUAUGUAUUUGUAAUAUUUUAUGGCUCAUGAGAUGUAUGAAUGGAUUUUAAAAAGUUUUAUGAUAAAGAAAUGUUUUAUGUGACUGAGCUAUGCUUGAGCUUGCCCAAGCCUGUCAAUGGAAAGAGAAUGCUUUACAAUGAAAUAUCUUUCUAUAUGUUAUUUUUGAACAAUGUCUGUAAUGAAGUGUUAUGACAAAGUGAUGCUAAAUAUUUUUCAUUUAAUCAUCAUAGUCAUCGGUCCUCCAUCAGCAAGCACAAUUCUGCUUCCACACCAGCCGACUGGUGGGUGAAGUCUGUUUACUCUUCAUACAAAUACAGCUCCUCCGUCCACUGAGGGGCAGCAAAAAAGCCAUUCAUUCAGUUCAGUACAAACUGGGUCAUUCCAACAACACAGUGCAUCAUAAUCAUAUCUCAAGUGUGGGUCUGGAUGUGGUCUUGUACUUUUAUCCAUGUGAGAACUAGAGCUGUGUUCCAGUUCCAUUCUUUUCACUAUUGCAUACAUACGGACUAUAUGCUAAUCAUCAUCAUUUAAGAAAUCAGUUCAUGUGAUUGUUUUAUACUUAAAGGAAACAGACAUCAGCCAAACUGCAACUUUGGAAUGCCACUGCCAAUUAAACUUCACAAAAAGACAGCAAUGCAGUUGUUAUUGUGACAGAUGACAAACACUUUUUAUGUCAAAACAUAAUUAUUUCAUGAUGAUGACACAACCAUUCUGUGAUCCUAUUUAACAAACCACAGUAGUAAUGACACCUAUGGCCUUUACAAUCUGAUUUAGGGUUGAGAUUAUCAUUAGAAUACAUUAGGUAAGCAUUCAAUACAAUUUAAUAUUGGAUUAGGUUUACAAUUUAGAUAAGAAAUAGAUUUGGAUUAGGAUAAGGCUUCGCUUUAAAUUUCAAGUGGAACCACAAUUAAGAUUAAAAUAAGGAUUAGAUAUAGGUUAGAGGCAGAGUUUAGGUUAGUGAGAAGGCUUGGCUUUAGAACUGGAUUAAAACCUGACCCUGGUUUAGAACUGAAGUCAAAUGAGUCCUUCAGGUUUUAUAACAUUUGGUCCAUUGAACAUGUUGGUGGGUACACACAGCAAAGAUAGGCACCAAAUUCAUUGUCCCCAGUAGAAAACUCCCAAACAAAGGCAUUAGACUCUUUGUUCCUACUGACCGUUAAGUUAUUCAAUCAUUCAUUCUUGGUAUUUUGUGUUAUCCUAAAUGUGUUUAAAGUGAGUCGGUGUUUAGUCCUUGUUUAAGGAAAUGGAAUGGCCCGCAGGACCAUAUCAGCUGCCUCCCCACCUCCACCACCAAACCAUUGAAAGGACUGACCCAGUUAAAGCAUAUUAGCUUUUGUAUUGGAACCUCAAUUGUUUUAAUUGUUUCAGCAGCACCAGUCAAGUGCAAUAAAUGAUCUGUUUUAAACUCUU